AUGAUGCAGUGCGGCAAAGAGCCGGCGGGGACAUUCAAAACUAUGGCAGAAGUUUCGGGUAUAUUCAACAAAACAUCCGACUCAGGAGACACGGAAACAACGUCCACCAGCAGCGGUGACAAUGGGACAAAGAGACGUCUGUCGUUUUCGUCAGACAAAGAUAUCAGCACGCUGCAGCCAUCGGUGGUGACAUGUGAAGUGUCAACGUUACACAGUGUUGCCGACGACUCCAAUUCGUGCCGAGCCUCUGCGGAGAUCGCCGAACAGCUCUCACCGGCGUCCGUGAUCACGCCUUUAAAGGCGGAAAGUGAGACCGAAUCGAAAGACGUCUCCCUCGAAUCCCGAUUGCAUUCAAGACGACAGAGUGUCAACAACAGCGAAGACAAGGAAAACAUCGCUGUAGGUGAUGCCAAAGAAGAAGAAGAAGAAGGAGAUACCUCUGGUCAGAGAAGUUUGCCAGAUUCCAGUGUGAAUGCCAGUAAACAACAUGGUAACACAGAGGACGGUGAUGCUGAGGUGGUGAGAAGAGCGCAGGAGCAGGGCUGUGUAAACAUCGUCUUCCCUGGUACUGUAACUCAGGAAGGCUGCUGCCACUUCGUCAGUGAGAUCCUCAAGUGCAUUCUUUUUCAGAGACAGCAACUACCCAUGACAUAUGACCAGCUGGUAUAUUCCCAGAAGAAACAACAAGCCCUAAUGCAGGAUAAAGACACUGUGAGUCGCAGGCCGAUGCAGUCUGCAGACAUGGACUGGCGAAAGUGUCAGCAAACUCUUCAGGAUCUAGAGGAAGUGCUGCAACAGCUGGAGGUGCUAUUUUCCCUGAGCAGGGUGCCCCGUGUGCUGCUCCUAAUGGGUGGCUCCCUCGUCCUGCCCAAAGAGCUGUAUGAGAUCAACAUGGAGGCACUGGUAUUGGCUGGUGGAGAUCACUGUCUACGGGUGUCCUCGUGCUUAAGGCAACUUUUCCGCACACUUUUUGUGGCUGACCUUUUGUCUGACACCAGACCCGUUCGUUUAAUGCCCACCACAGUCUUGGUGCUGGCUCACAGGGAUUGUGGUGUAGGCUGGUUCCGCCCGAAACUACAAUUUAAAGUGCCAACUCGUGUAAAGAACCAAGUUAUUGCUCUGUCUACAGAUCCCAGCACCUGUAAUGAUCCAAUGGAAGAAGUUUUAGACUGGCAGGAUUAUGUGUGGUUUCAGGCACCCAUGACUAUAAAGGGCUUCAGCAAAUGACCCAACGAGUUGGGGAAUGCAUAGUCUUUGAAAUUAGAGCUCUCUUUUUGGAUUCUACAAUUAAAUUUUAAUGGUGGUUCCAGUGGAUAUUGAAUUGAGCUGUAUAUGUAUUAAUGAAUUAUAGGGGCGGGGGGUGUACUUGUGAUUAAAAGCAUGUCAGUUAAAACGAUAGUGGGUUCAUUGACAACCUUUUUUAUCAUCUUCUGAAAUAUUGGGGAAAUGUGUUCUCAAGAUGCUUGUUGGCGUGUUAGAGAACAAUGUGUAUUAUUUUUUAUAUUUAUAAAGAUUGUUUUACAAAUUUUGCAUCAAAUAUCACAAAUUUCUAAGGAUGUUAAACAGAUGAACAUACAGAAUAUGUGUUUAGUGUGAAUAAUGCUCUUUUUUAAUCCAAUCUGUGGGGACAUUGCCAGUACCAUCUGUGUAUAUGUUUACAUUUAUUAAAACUGUCAAGUUUUCA